AUGAAAGCCGAGAUGGAACAAAGAGCGGUGGAGCUCAUCAACAGGCUGGCUUCGCAGCCAGGGAACUCGGAUCCCAAGUCGAGCUGGUAUCUCAUUGCAGCUCUCUCAUUUGCGGCCUGUAACGAGUGUCUGAUGGUCACCAAAGUCUACGAAGCUGCCGUAGCACCUCACAAAGAUGAUGCCGAAGCGAGGCGUCUCAUCCUGCGUCGUAUCAAAGAGGCCUUUUUGAAGGCCGUGCCGGUCAUCAGCGUUCCGCGACUACUGAACUCCAUGUUUCCACUUUUCAAGGCGAUCCCUGACGAAGAUUCUGUUGACACGAUGGUGGUUCGGAAGGACAUUGACAAGGGCGGUAAUCUUUACCAGCGAGGUGUCCAGUCCUUCGAAGGCUUGUUUGGAAAGCCGGACACUGACAGUCUCAUAAAUCGAUGCACACGGUACUGGCCCGAUCUUCUUACUUUGAUCAUGAGCCAGAACUAUGGAACCUAUGUCUCUGAAUUGGCGGUCUUAAACAAAAUCGAGACUUCGCAAUGCUUGAUAGCCGGGUUGGUGCCAAUGGAUGCACCAGUCGAAGUAUCCUGGCAUUGGAGAGGGCUGAUGAAGGUCGGUGGCACCCUACAGCAGGUGAAGAGCACGACAGAGCUCGCCAUAGCCAUCUGUGAUGUGUGCGAUGUGCGGCUGAAGAACAAACUCUUCGAUAUGGAUGAGGCAGUAAACGAUCAGGGUCUUGAUCCCGAACUGGAUGCCAUCGUGGGCGACUGGAUGUCUGAGAAUGUCAUGACGGUCCAGGGAGCAGCAAAGAAGAAGGCUUUGGCCACGCUUGCGGAUACCUCUACUUCACAGACUCUCGACGAGAAGCUCCAACUCGCUCAAUUCGCUCCUCAAUUUUCGCACUCCUUCACUCUGGCACUUCCGAACCUUGCCAAAAACCGCAUCAAGCUGGCCGUCAACGCUGGAGGUUGCGAUACCGAGCUGUUGGCUCUGUUAUGCGACAGACAGGUUCGUGAAGGCGGGUACAAUCUCAAGGUUGCCUGGGUCGAAGGAGACGACGUAUUCGAUGCCUUCCAAGAACUUCGGGCUGGUGGUGAAAAAUUCCAAAGCAUCAUCGAUGGCAAGAGCCUAGAUGAAUGGGGCUACGACCCAGUUGCAGCGCAGUGCUACAUGGGCAGCAUGGGCAUCGCUGAGGCACUCCGCAACGGCGCCGAUAUCGUGAUCUGUGGCAGAGUGGCAGAUGCUGCUCCUUGCAUGGGUGUCGCUUCAUGGUGGCACGAGUGGAAUACAGGUGACCUCGAUCAGUUGGCGGGCGCAUUGAUUGCUGGACAUCUCAUUGAAUGUUCUACCUUUGUCACGGGCGGAUACUACAGUCGCUUCAAAGAUCUGAUGAAGCGCAAGCAGCAUGUCAACUUAGGUCUCCCCAUUGUUGAAGUCGAUGCCAGUGGCGACUGUGUCAUUACGAAGCAAAAAAGCACUGGUGGCUGCGUGAAUACGGAAACAGUUAUCUCACAGCUUCUUUACGAGAUAUCCGGGCCUUACUAUUACAACUCGGACGCCGUAGCACACUUGGAAAACAUCAAGGUCAAACAACUCGCAGAAGAUCGUGUCCUAGUCACCGGUAUCACAGGCGGUGCACCACCACCAACGACCCGACUGGGUGUCACAGCACACGGGGGCUACCAGGCUGAAUUCCACUUUACGCUUUGUGGGCUCGACAUCGAAGAAAAGACUCAAAUGAUGGAGGACCAGAUCAGGGCGUCCAUGGGCGAGGAAAUGAUCAGCAGAUUCAGCAUGCUUAAGUUCCACCGCCACGGGACAUGUCCUGACAACCCGCCAACUCAAGAGUUUGGAACAGUCGACUUCCGCAUCUUUGCGCAGUGCAGCGACGCGAAGAUUUUUGAUCUGGUCAGCCCCAAGGGAUUCAACAGGAGAAUCCUAGAAACCGUGCUCCAAAGUGUACCGGGUGUUGCACGUUCCAAUGACACCCGCCAGGCUGCGGCAAAGCCAUACUUUGAAUACUUUGUGACUCUAAUAUCGCAGAGCGUGAUAAAACAUCGCGUCCACUGCCUGUUCGACGACGAGAAGAUCAUUGACAUCCCUUCUCCCCAGAAGACAGAACCAUACCGAAAGCAACAGCCUUCGUACGAGACCAGCAAUCCUGCCGCCCUCGACAGCUUUGGACCGACUCAACCGGCGCCACUGGGAUAUGUUGCCCUCGGUAGAUCCGGAGACAAGGCAGCAGACGCCAACGUCGGCUUCUUCGUCACUCGAGACGACGAGUGGGAUUGGCUGCGCACCGUACUGACCGUGGACAAGGUCAAGGAGCUCCUAGGGCCCGCCGACUAUACGGGUCACGGCAUCGAUCGGUUUGAAAUGCCCGAUGUGAAGGCUGUUCACUUCUUCCUGCACGACCAUCUGGAUAGGGGAUACAAUUCGACAUCCCGGCUGGACAGCUUGGGCAAGAAUGUCGGCGAGUACCUUCGGUCCAAGUGGCUGGAUGUGCCGAAGAGAUUUCUGGAGCGAGGCCGACCGUGA